AUGUCAUCAGACUCUGAGAUGGCCAUCUUUGGGGCGGCAGCUCCUUACCUCCGAAAGUCAGAAAAGGAGAGAAUCGAAGCCCAGAACAAGCCUUUCGAUGCCAAGACAUCAGUCUUUGUGGUGCAUCCCAAGGAAUCCUUUGUGAAAGGGACAAUCCAGAGCAAGGAGUCAGGAAAGGUCACCGUCAAGACUGAAGGUGGAGAGACCCUGACAGUGAAGGAAGAUCAAAUCUUCUCCAUGAACCCUCCCAAGUACGACAAAAUCGAGGACAUGGCCAUGAUGACCCACCUCCACGAACCCGCUGUGCUGUACAACCUCAAAGAGCGUUAUGCAGCCUGGAUGAUCUACACCUACUCAGGUCUCUUCUGCGUCACUGUCAACCCCUACAAGUGGCUGCCGGGGUACAACCCGGAGGUGGUGUUGGCCUACCGAGGCAAGAAGCGCCAGGAGGCCCCUCCACACAUCUUCUCCAUCUCUGACAACGCCUAUCAGUUCAUGCUGACUGAUCGCGAGAACCAGUCGAUCCUGAUCACUGGAGAAUCCGGUGCAGGGAAGACUGUGAACACAAAGCGUGUCAUCCAGUACUUUGCAACAAUUGCAGCCAGUGGGGAUAAGAAGAAAGAGGAGCAGUCAGGCAAAAUGCAGGGAACACUUGAGGAUCAAAUCAUCAGUGCUAACCCACUGCUGGAGGCCUUUGGAAAUGCCAAGACCGUGAGAAAUGACAAUUCCUCACGCUUUGGCAAAUUCAUUCGAAUCCACUUUGGAGCCACAGGCAAACUGGCUUCUGCUGACAUUGAAACAUAUCUGCUGGAGAAGUCCAGAGUCACUUUCCAGCUGAAAGCAGAAAGAAGCUACCACAUAUUUUAUCAGAUCAUGUCCAACAAGAAGCCAGAGCUAAUUGACAUGCUCCUCGUUACCACCAACCCAUAUGACUACCAAUUUGUGAGUCAAGGUGAGAUCACUGUUGCCAGUAUCAAUGACCAGGAGGAGCUGAUGGCUACAGAUAGUGCCAUUGACAUCCUGGGUUUCACUGCUGAUGAAAAAACAGCCAUUUACAAGCUGACAGGGGCUGUCAUGCACUAUGGGAACUUGAAGUUCAAGCAGAAGCAGCGUGAGGAGCAGGCAGAGCCAGAUGGCACAGAAGUUGCUGAUAAGGCUGCCUAUCUGAUGGGUCUGAACUCAGCUGACCUGCUCAAGGCCCUCUGCUACCCCCGAGUCAAGGUUGGGAAUGAAUAUGUGACCAAGGGUCAAACUGUGCAGCAGGUGAACAAUUCAGUGGGUGCUCUGGCAAAAGCUGUCUAUGAGAAGAUGUUCCUGUGGAUGGUUGUUCGCAUCAACCAACAGCUGGAUACGAAGCAGCCCAGACAGUACUUCAUUGGUGUCCUGGACAUUGCUGGCUUUGAGAUCUUUGAUUUCAAUAGCCUGGAGCAACUGUGCAUCAACUUCACCAAUGAGAAACUGCAACAGUUCUUCAACCACCACAUGUUCGUGCUGGAGCAGGAGGAAUACAAGAAGGAAGGAAUUGAAUGGACAUUCAUUGACUUUGGGAUGGACCUGGCUGCCUGCAUUGAGCUCAUUGAAAAACCCAUGGGCAUCUUCUCCAUCCUGGAAGAGGAGUGCAUGUUCCCCAAGGCAACUGACACCUCUUUCAAGAACAAGCUCUACGACCAACAUUUGGGGAAGUCCAACAACUUCCAGAAACCCAAGCCUGGCAAAGGCAAGGCUGAGGCCCACUUCUCCCUAGUGCACUAUGCUGGCACAGUGGACUACAAUAUCUCUGGCUGGCUUGAAAAGAACAAGGACCCCCUAAAUGAAACUGUCAUUGGGCUGUAUCAGAAAUCAUCUGUGAAGACACUGGCUUUACUUUUUGCCUCUGCUGGUGGAGAGGCAGAGGCUAGUGGUGGUGGUGGUGGCAAGAAAGGUGGCAAGAAAAAGGGUUCUUCUUUCCAGACUGUCUCAGCUCUUUUCCGGGAGAACCUAAAUAAG